AUGCAACACUCGACUCAGGUUCAUGGGCACGGUUCUCGAGAUGGCAGCUUUGUUGUAACAAGGAGGUCUCUCAAUCAAAAUUGCGAAUUGUCCUUUUCGGGUCGUUGUACGUUAAAUGAUCAGAUCAAGUCAUGGGACUUUGACCGAGGAGCCUAUAAUGUAUACAAGGUCCUUUUUUCGCCAUGGUCGAGUCCCCACCAUGUCGAACUCGCUGUAUACAUGGAGGACGACAAGAUCAUUGAAACAAUAGUUGCUCCCUGUCUCGAUGGUGCUGGCUAUAGUUUAACAGUGGGUUCAACAUACCGUAUCCGUGGGCUAAUCACACGGGACGAUGCAUGCGGAACUGGUUGGGAGUUCAACCCUCUACUUGUGGGUCACUGUGGAACUUCAGAGGAAACGCCUACAACUGAUGGUUUCCAAGUUACCGGUUGCGGGCAAGUAAACCAACAGUUCUUUUAA